UGGAAACUGCAGCUGUCUGUGCAACGUGCAACUUCGUUAUUUUCAAGUACAGCGAACGAGCAGUUAUGUAGCUGUCACUUACCACUCAGGAUGAAACCCGAACCACGGCACUUUGUUGAUAUUAUCGGAGCCUUUUACUGUCAUGAAGCAGGCAGAAUAAGGUGCCACCGAUGACCCGUGGAAAGCUAGUGGGAAACCCAUUCAUCUCGAAAGAAAAGUACAUUCUGGUAGCAUCAUGAGUUCCCAAAAUGUGUCGGAGAGCUUUCACAUCACUCCACUCCAGCAGAUGGUCGCUUCCUGCUCGGGUGCCAUCCUUACCUCGCUGAUUGUCACACCUUUGGACGUUGUCAAGAUCCGCCUUCAGGCACAGAAAACCCCCUUGUCAAAAGGUAACCUGGGAGGAAGGCCUUGGUCUUUGCCUUGUUUAAUCAUGUACAUGCUUCCACAAACGUGCACACUGACAUACCAUACAUGUUUUGCCCUUUUGCCCUCAAUAGGAAAGUGCUUUGUUUACUGCAAUGGGUUGAUGGACCACAUCUGCGUGUGUGUGAAUGGCAAUACGAAGGCUUGGUACAAGGCCCCUGGCCACUUCUCGGGGACCCUGGAUGCACUCAUGAAGAUUAUUCGUGUUGAAGGAAUAACUUCGCUAUGGAGUGGCCUCCCUCCAACAUUAGUCAUGGCCGUGCCUGCUACGGUGAUUUACUUCACCUGUUAUGACCAACUGGUGGCCAUAAUGAAGAGCAGGAUGGGAGAGAGGGCCGAUCUCGCGCCGCUAUUGGCUGGAGGCAUCGCCCGCGUGGGCUCGGCCACACUGAUCAGCCCGUUGGAGCUGAUUCGCACCAAGCUGCAGUCGGAGAGGCAGUCCUACAAGGAGCUCAGCGCUGUGAUUCGCUCCUCCGUGGUGACUGACGGGUGGCUCUCCCUAUGGCGGGGCUGGGGCCCAACCAUACUCCGAGACGUCCCAUUCUCAGCCAUGUAUUGGUAUAACUAUGAGAAGUUGAAGGGCUGGCUCUGUGACUACCACGGCGUGAGGGCGGCCACCUUCAGCAUCACCUUCCUAUCGGGAGCAGCAUCCGGAUCUAUUGCAUCCAUCGUUACACUGCCCUUCGACGUGGUGAAGACCAGGAGACAAGUGGAGCUGGGGGAGCUACAGGUGCAGAAGUUGUCUUCCAGAGCGUCGUCCUCCACUUGGCAUGUGAUGAGAACAAUAGUAGCUGAGAGCGGAGCUCCCGGCCUCUUUGCAGGGUUCAUGCCGAGGCUAAUCAAAGUAGCGCCUGCGUGUGCCAUCAUGAUCAGCAGCUACGAGUACGGCAAAGCCUUCUUUGGCAAACGCAACCAGGAGCGCCAGACCCCACCGCCCCCCCUGCCCUCGACCCCCACACAAGUAGCUCAUAGCACCCACUGACCACUUGCAUCACACAACAACGAUGGGGACAUACACUACGUACAGGAGAAAUAUAAUCUGGAGGAACCACGGUGGAGACAUGCAUAUAGGAGAAAUAACUUACACCCUUGAGGAACCACGGUGGAGAGAGACAUGCAUAUAGGAGAAAUAACUUACACCCUUGAGGAACCACAGUGGAGACGUGCGUAUAAGAGAAAUACACUCUUGAGGAACUGCUUCUGAAAUUCCCUCAGAGCCACGAUGGUGACAUGGGAUAAAUACCCUUGAAGGUAUAUUUAGGUUAUAGGAGAAAUGUAGCCUUGAGGAAGUGCUUUUAAAAUUCCCUCGUUGAAGACAUUGCCAAUGGCCUGGCGAUGAACACUUUUGCCCGCUGCACUGUGGCCGGGCGAAUACAUCAGCGGUGACAAGAGACUUAAGAGGCAGAGAAUCGCUGGACUAACUUCAGCGAGAGCAGUACAAGCGAUAGAAGCGACAGAGUACGUCCGUUCAAAGCAGACUGCAACAGUGGUGUAGCAUGACCCCUGAUCCCAAGGCUGAAGGAAGGACAGGGAAAGGUGCAGGACGAAAGUCAACUGUAGUUUUUAGAGUGAGGAGUCCGCACACUUAGAAUCGUUUUUGUUGUGUUUUAUUUUUUCAUGGCAGGAUAACGUUUCGACCUCAACAGUCAUCUUCAGAUUCUCU